UUUACCGUUGAACUUCGCGCUUCGCGGUUUAUUUCGUUCUACCCCACUAGUUGGUGUGUUUGUGUUAUUUGCUCGCUCCGGUAUUUACUUCUUGCCUUAAACAUUAGAUAUUCGUACUACGAAGCUAAAUCGUUUAGUUUUAGUGGAAAUUGCUAUUCUAUAAAAUGGCAGAAAAGCUGGAAGAUUUGAAUCUGCCAAUUUCAGUCGUUGCAAGACUUGUUAAAGAAGGAUUACCAGAUGGAGUAAUAGUUUCUAAAGAGGCGAAGACAGCAGUAGCAAGAGCUGCGUCAGUGUUUGUGCUGUAUAUUACUUCUACAGCCAACACCAUUGCCAUGAGAAAUAAAAGAAAGACCAUCAAUAGUGAUGAUGUUUUUCAAGCAGUUAUUGACACAGAAUACCAAUGGUUGCAGGAGCCUCUCAAAGAAUCAUUUGAAGAUUUCAAGAAACUGCAGAGACAGAAAAAAGAAUCUGCAGCAAGAAAACGCAUGUCAAAAGAUAGGAGAACUGAAUAUGAUGAUGAAGACGAGGACUCCUAAAAAGAAAACAGCAAAAAUUGUUAAAAUAAAAGAAACAAAAGUUUUAAAAGUUUUAAUUCAAUUUAAAGUAAGAUAUUCUGAUAAUUAAACUACAAUGAAAUUAUUUUUGAAUACGGGUUUAAAGUUACUAAUAUGGAUUAAACCAUAUAAAUUGUACUUGUAUAUAAUGUUAAACAAAUGUUCUGUUACUUUGAAGGUGUUAAUUUUCUAUAUAAUAAUAAUUCUUGUUCUGUAUUGUAAUUUUCUUUUGUUAGUCAGCUUUGUAAAAGUUACAAACAUGCUUUAAUAAGCAACUUUUCAAAGUGAAAACCAAAUAGAAUAAUUAUGUAUUUAAUUUAAAGUACAUUAUGAAAAACAAGAAAGAGUAUUUUAAAUCAGGAUGUAAUACUGCUAAAGUGGAUUAAUGAGGAACAGACAUAGUUCUUGUACAUUGUGUUAGUUAAGUAAAUGUUUGGUUGCUUUUUAAGCAACUUAUUUUUUAUAUAAUAAUAAUUCCUGAGUUUUAGUUUUACAUUGUUAAGGCAGGACAAUUUUUUUAACAAAUGUUUGUAAUUACCUUUUAAAUUGAAAAAAAAAACAAAUUUAAAAUUAUGUUCAUUAUUGUUUAAAGUAGGAUAUGAAAAAUGAGAAAGAGUAUUCUAAAUUAGGAUUCAAUUUCCCUAAUAAGCUAUAGAAAUUAUACUUGUACAUGUACUAUUAAACAAAUGGUUUGUUACUUUUAAGCAACUUAAUUUUCAUGCAUUACAGUCUUGCCUUGUUCUUUAUUCUAGUUUUACAUUUGUUAAAUCAGUAUUAUCAAUUUAAAAACACACUUUAGUAAAUGAUUUAAGAAAAAUCCAAAUUAAAAAGUAUGUAUUUGAUUCAAAGACUAAUUUAGAUUAAGUCAUAGAAAAUGUACUUGUACAUAGUGUUAAAACUGUACUUGUACAUAGUGUUAAAACUGUACUUGUACAUAGUGUUAAAACUGUACUUGUACAUAGUGUUGAUAUCGUACUUGUACAUAUGUUACACUUAAUACUUGGGUUACUGUUAACCACCACCUUUGGAUGUAAUAAAUUUCAUACCUUGUU